AUGGCACUUAAGUUCGAUGAAAGUAAAGUUCCCUUCAUUGAUUUGGGAAAUGAUCUUCGAAUUUCGUUGGACUUUACUGAGUACAGUGACGAACAAUCGCUUGAUAAAGGCAGAAAAGAGCUGCGAGAAUCUCCGGAAAUUGUUGAUAAUGCUCUCAAAGAUUUGAGACAGCUGCUGAAAAGUGAAGAAAAGCUUGAUAUUCCAAUUAACGACGAUGCCUUCCUAAUUAGAUUCCUACGACCUCGAAAGUAUCAGGCCGAUACUGCAUUCGAAAUGAUUAAAGGAUAUUACAAAAUGAAGGCCAAAAAGGAUUUCGUGUUGGAUAACAUCUCUGCGAAAGCCAUUAGUGUGGCCCUCGAGGAACGUGUCAUAAAACUUUAUCCAAACCGCGACCAGCACGGACGAAGGAUCGUCUACAUGGAAGCAGGAGCAAGCUGGAACUGUUCCAAGGUCCCAUUUCCGGAGGUAAUUCGAGCAUCACACGCCCUACUGACGCUGCUGUCGCUGGAACCGCGCACCCAGCUGAACGGAAUCGUCUUCAUCGUAAACUUCGACCGAUUGAGCUUCUCCCAUCUUGGCCAAUUCACGCCAAAAUUUAUGAAGAACGUCCUCGACUACGGCCAGCGGUACGCUCCGAUGCGCAUCAAAUCGAUCAAUCUCAUCAACAAUGCAAAACUGUUCAACGUACUGUUCAAGAUUUGCAAGCCCUUCCUCGGCCAGAAGUGGGGUCAACGGAUUCACUUUCACGGUAGCAGCAGCGAGGCGCUGCAUAAGCAAAUCGAACCGCACUGCCUGCCCGAGAAGUUGGGCGGAGCUUUGAAUGUGCCAGAAUACGACGGUAGAGUACUGGUGGAAUUUUUGGAACAAUUUCAGGACAAAUUUGAUGGUAAUAUCUGA